AUGUGGUUCUUUUACGUCUUUCUCGCCUCCAUCCCAAUGACUGUUAUGAGUAUCUGCCCAAUGGAAAAUCAUCAAGUGUGCAAUAGUGGAAAUGACAAUGUCUGUGUUUGUGCUCUUAUCCAAUCAGACGAAAAAUCAGCUCCAGAAUCAUCUUGUAACACGGUCAUUACCCGAGAUGAAGAGACAGAAAAGUUUCCUGUUGUAUCAAUUGAGUUCAACUUGGAUGAGAAAGUUAAUGGUCUGGAUGAGUGGCCAGAAGAAUCUUUCCGUGACGUGAUCGCUAGCUCUCUUCGCGUUGAAGAAGAGGAUAUCAUUGUCCUUCGCGUCAACUGUGGAAACACUGAGGAUCAGUUAACUGUACAAUUUGGAGUUCUCAAAAAAGAUAGCAAUGAUUCUGCUCUUCCAUAUACUGAGGAUGACUUUAUUGAUGCCAAAUCUCUUGUCUCCCGGAUGAAAGCUAUGGGACAUUUAAACCGAAUUGCUGAUAUGGAUGUCGACACUAUUGAAUUUACUGACGAAAUGAUUGAAAUCGAAUUCGAACCAAGCAAUGAUGAUUUGAUUUUCCAAGCCGUUGUUGUUGCUACAGCUUGUAUUAUUUCCAUUUUAUUGGGUCUAUACUAUACCUGCAAAGGUAAAGAAUACUCGGACGAUCUUCAAAAAGUAUAA